UGCUACAGAAAAAGUUACUCCAGACACCAAUCAUGGCUGAGAGAAACGAGUCCAAGGGGAGCUCCCCUGAGGCCAGCGAUGCCAGUAAUAACGCUAUCGUUGAGGCCGUUAUGGGAUCUCAGGACAAGAAGCAGGAAACCCCGGCCGCCAACCAGCCAAGAAGAGAGCUUUUCAUCCGAUCACUUCCCGCCUCUGCGACGACCGAGAGCCUGACAGAACAUUUUUCACAAUCCUACGUUAUCAAGCACGCCAUUGUUGUUACUGACCCGGAGACCAAACUGUCCAAGGGCUACGGUUUCGUUACAUUCGCCGAUGUCGAAGACGCCAAAGCUGCGCUGGAAGAAUUUAAUGGAUCCGUCUUCGAGGGCAAGAAGAUCAAGGUGGAAUAUGCGCAACCACGUCAGCGUGUGGUUGAUGAGAACCUCAGAAGGAGUAAGCCGUCUGCCGAAGCUCUCGAGCUCAAGAAGCAGAGAGAAGAACAGAGGGCAUCCACUCAGCCACCCAAGCUGAUUGUGCGAAACUUGCCGUGGAGUAUCAAGGACCCCGAGGAUCUGGCACUUCUCUUCCGCAGCUUCGGAAAGGUUAAAUUCGCGACCCUUCCGAAGAGGGGAGACAAAUUGGCCGGAUUUGGUUUCGUCGUUCUGCGAGGAAAGAAGAAUGCGGAGAAGGCAAUGCAGGCAGUGAACGGAAAGGAGGUUGACGGAAGAACACUGGCUGUGGAUUGGGCUGUGGAGAAGACUGUUUGGGAGGAUCUACAAAAGGGACAGGAAGAACAAGAGCCGAAGGAAGAGGAGGGAUCAGAAGAUGUCGAUAUGGCCGAUGGAGACGAGGAGGCAGAAGAAGCUGGCUCUGAUGAAGACCUAUCUGAUGAGGAGGAGGAUGUCGAGGGUGACAGUGACAGCGACGAGGAUGAAGAUGUCGACGAAGAGGAAGAUGAGGAGGAGGAAUCAAAGGAGGACGAAAGGAACGCUUCAACCGUUUUCAUCCGGAACCUUCCCUUCACCUGCGAUGACGAUAUGCUCUACGAACACUUCACCCAAUUUGGCCCACUCCGCUAUGCGCGAAUCGUUGUCGACCACGAAACCGAGCGUCCCCGCGGUACUGGUUUUGUUUGCUUUUGGAAGUCAGACGAUGCAGCAUCCUGUGUCCGCGACUCCCCCAAACAGCAGGACACCAUCGCUGCAGACAAGGAUAAGGCGAAGAAAGCUUCUACCGCCUUCAAGCAUUCCGUCCUACAGAACGAAGCCUCCGACCCCAGCGGACGCUACACGCUGGACGGCCGUGUGCUGCAAGUCGCCCGCGCAGUGAGCAAAUCUCGUGCCACGCAGCUGGAAGAGGAGGGAGUGUCUCGCCGACUCGUCCGUGAUACCGACAAACGCCGUCUCUACCUUCUCAAUGAGGGUACCAUUCCCCAAAACUCGCCCCUGUAUAAGAAGCUUUCUCCGUCGGAAAUAAAGAUGAGAGAAGACAGCUUCAAGCAACGACAGAGUUUCAUCAAGAAGAACCCAGCUCUUCAUCUCAGUUUAACGCGUUUGUCCAUCCGCAAUAUCCCCCGUCAUGUCACCACAAAAGAUCUGAAGCAACUCGCUCGCCAAGCGAUCGUCGGGUUUGCAGAGGAUGUCAAGAAAGGCCUACGUCAACCCCUCUCGAAGGAGGAGUUGGACCGGGCGUCCGACAUCAUGAAGGAGGCGGAGAAGUUGCGGAAGAAGAAGGGUGUUGGUGUUGUGAGACAAGCUAAGAUCGUUUUCGAAACCCGAGAUGGCCACAAGGUCGGCGAGGAAAGCGCUGCUGGAAGAAGCAGAGGCUAUGGUUUCAUCGAGUACUAUACCCACCGCCAUGCCUUGAUGGGCUUGAGAUGGCUUAACUGCCAUGCUGUCGAUGUACCUGCGACUGGCUCGGAGGAAGUCAAGGACAAGAAGAAGCGACUGGUCGUCGAAUUCGCCAUUGAGAAUGCUCAAGUUGUCAAGCGUCGGAGUGAACAGCACGCUAAAGCACGCACUUUCAAGAAAGGAGACCAGCAAAGGGAAGGCAAGUCCGAUAAGGAUGGUGAAUCGAAGGACAAGGGACCUUCCAAGGGAGGUUUCAAGGGUCAGAAGAGAAAGAGAUCCGACAGCAACGACAAAGACGCAGGAGGAGAGGAUGAUGAGGAACAGAAUAAGCUUGCUAAGCGGAAUCGGAUCAUCGCGAAGAAGAGGAUGCAGCGGAGAAAUCGGAAGGGUAAGGCUUAAGCCGGGCACAUAUACAAAAGUCAAUGCGGGUUAUAUACGGAGUACAUAGCUAAUGAUUACUUUGCACAAGCC